AGAGUCACCGAUCAUGUUGCCCGAGUUAAGGAUAAAUAAAAUUUCUACCUGUGGCAUAGUGGAAAAUCCCCUUAUUGUUGGCGGUGUAAAAGCAGCUCCAAACGAAUUUCCUCACAUGGCUGUACUUGGCUAUAUUUUGAAGGAUAAUUCCACUGGCUGGUUUUGUGGUGGCUCUUUGAUCAGCGAACGUUUCGUGCUGACAGCUGCACAUUGUAUCGAUAGCACCAAAGACCUACCACAUCUUGUGCGAUUGGGAGACUUGGAUUUGCAAAAUGACAGCGAUGGUGCUGCUCCCAGAGACUACCUGAUUUCACAGUUAAUAACUAAUCCUUUUUACGACCAACCUUAUCGCUACAACGAUAUAGGUUUGGUAAAGCUUGAGACAUCAGUAUCUUUUAAUAGUCACGUUCGUCCAGCUUGCCUUCAAAGAAGACACAUAUCUACAGCUAAAGUGAUAGCUACAGGCUUCGGGAAAAUCUCUGCCAGAUCAAAAGAAAAAAGUAACUAUCUGAUGAAGGUUACCGUAAAAUUAGCUUCAAAGGAAUACUGCAACAUUUCUUACCAAGAAUACUUUAUACGCCGGACACUCCAAUUUGGUGUCUUGUCAUCGCAGAUCUGUGCUGGUGAGGAUGCUGGGGGCAAGGACACAUGCCAAGGUGAUUCUGGAGGUCCAUUGCAGUUUGUGAUGGACGAUCCGUACUGCAUGUACUGCAUUGUUGGAGUAACGUCUUUUGGCAAGUUCUGCGGCUACAAGAAUUCACCAGCAAUCUACACCAAAGUUUCACACUACCUCAACUGGAUAGAAACUGUCGUCUGGCCAUAG